AUGGAGAAGGCCACCCACAAAAGCAAGAAUGAAGGACUGGUCGACCUCAAGGUCAAGGUGUCUGUACACACCUUGAGCAAAACGCAGAAGACCAAACUCACUGUGGGCAGCCUGGGAUUAGGUCUGAUCAUCAUCCAGCAUGGUCCCUACCUCCAAAUCAUCCACCUCAUCAAGAAGGGAGCUGCAGCCCAGGACGGGAAACUCCAGCCAGGUGAUGUUCUGAUCAGUGUUGGCCAUGCCAACGUGUUAGGAUAUACUCUUCGAGAAUUUUUAAAGCUUUUGCAACAUAUCACCAUAGGAUCAGUGCUACAAAUCAAGGUUUACCGAGAUUUUAUUGAUAUACCCCAAGAAUGGCAAGAAAUACAUGAUUUAAUCCCCGAGACCAAAUUCUCAGUAACAUGCACAUCAAAGAAAACUGAGCAGGCAAAAGAUGUAGCUUUCGUGAGUAGUGAUGACAAUGAAGAUGUCGUUGUAGAUAACAGACUUACGUAUCACAGAUAUCCACGGCCAACAGGGCAUUACCCUGCAAGGAGACCAAUGUCCAUCUCCAGAGAAUGGCAUGGACAUAAAAAGAAGAACCAUACUAUUAGUGUAGGAAAAGACAUUAACUCUGACGUGAUGAUUCACAGAGAUCACAAGAAGGAUGUGAGAGCCCCUUCUCCAUACUGGACAAUGGUGAAGCAAGACAAUGAAAGAUCCUCCUCUUCCUCGGCCUCCUCGACCUCAGAUGCAUUUUGGCUGGAAGACUGCCGGAACUGAAGAGGGCAAGGGCCAAACUCUUAGGCAAUGGUUGGCAAAUCUAUGACCAUAGGAGCAGUUCUCUUUGAAGCACCCAAUUUCUGCGCAUCACCACGUACAAGCUGCUAUACCUACAGGAAUACAUCCAGACUUACCAAUUCUCUUUUAUGACUGCAUUGUAAAGCUUACAGAGACAUCCUUCAACUCAAAACAGCAACAUCAUUCAGACCAUCAAGACCCUCUGUUCUGGGAAGAAUGUCUCAUCUUUUAGAAAACGUAGCAGAGGAACCCAACAUCAGAAGGUCUGAACAUAGCAGAGAACCUCACUUUUUAAAGUAAGUACAUUUUUCUUUAGAUAUUUACAUCUUUUUUUAAGAUUCAAGUGCCCUAAUUAAGAAAUGAUGCAGAUUUUUUUCAGCUAGUUGUUCACAUUAGACCUUUUUUUUUCCCUUCACUUUUAAGCCUACUUUUACUUUGAAUGUUGGGAUGAUAGUUAAUUACUUAAAAGAGAGUGGAUAGAAACAGAUGAG